GGGGUCACAUGGGUGUACAGCAGAAUCCUAGCGAUAGGAACAAAAACUCAGAAGUAAGACCCAGUGUCUGGAGAGUAAAGUACACCAAGACAGUAAGUCUGAACGAAAAAACAAACUGAGAAGAACAAGAAAGAAGAGUGAGCUGUUGGACAGAGGAAGAGACACAGUGGAGCAGCAGAGCAGAGAGGGAGGGAGAAGGAGGAGAAAGAGAUAAGAGUGUGACAAACAGGAGACAUUGAGAGGAAGCACAUGGUGUAAAAAUGCCCACCAACUUCACUGUGGUCCCGGUAAAGGACAACACGAGAAAGGCAAUAGAGGGCAACGAGGAGGAUGACGUGGAUGACAACAAUGUGCUGAAAGAGGAAGAGGAGGACGCCACAGGUGAUGGUGUCCCAAAGGAAAACAGUCCCUUUAUCAACAACACAGACAAUGACAAAGGCAACAGCUACGAUGGCACCAACAUGGCCCUUUUUGAGGAGGAGAUGGACAGCAACCCCAUGGUGUCAUCUCUCCUCAAUAAACUGGCAAACUACACAAAUCUCACCCAGGGGGCCCAAGAGCAUGAAGAGGCUGAUGAUGAUGAGGGGCCCAAGAAGAAAGCUGUUAAGAGCCCUCAGAUGGGGACCUUCAUGGGUGUAUACCUCCCCUGCCUCCAGAAUAUUCUGGGGGUUAUCCUGUUUCUGCGGCUUACCUGGAUUGUCGGCACUGCCGGCAUCUUGGAGUCCCUGGCUAUUGUCUGCUUGUGCUGUUCUUGUACCAUGCUGACAGCCAUAUCCAUGAGUGCAAUCGCUACUAAUGGGGUUGUGCCAGCUGGAGGCUCAUACUAUAUGAUUUCCAGAUCUCUGGGCCCAGAGUUUGGUGGAGCUGUAGGUCUCUGUUUCUACUUGGGCACAACCUUCGCUGGCUCCAUGUACAUCCUGGGUACUAUAGAGAUUCUGCUGACCUACAUCGUGCCUAGAGCAGCCAUCUUUGUUGCAGAGAAAAAGGAGGAUGAGGUGGAUGCCCUGCUAAAUAACAUGCGUGUUUAUGGCACAUGCUGCCUAGCACUGAUGGCUGUAGUCGUCUUUGUAGGGGUGAAAUAUGUCAACAAGCUCGCACUAGUCUUCCUGGCCUGUGUCAUUCUCUCCAUCCUUGCCAUCUAUGCUGGAGUUAUCAAGACCAUCUUUGAGCCACCGGACUUUCCCGUUUGCAUGUUGGGGAAUCGCACACUGCAGAACAAUAACUUUGACCGUUGUCUUAAGACGGAGGUUAUAGACAACGUGACGGUCACUACCAAGCUGUGGAAGCUGUUCUGUGACGGGCCUGAGCUCAAUGCCACCUGCAACGACUAUUUUUUCAACAACAAUGUGACCAAGGUGCAGGGUAUCCCGGGACUGAUCAGCGGAGUCAUUUCAGAAAAUAUGUGGUCAGAGUAUGGCCCUUUGGGUAUGUUGGUGGAAAACAAGAAGUUGUCAUCUGUUGGGGGUAGUGAUCCUGCCCAGGACAUCUACUUGCCCUAUGUAGUCAAUGAUAUCACCACUUUCUUCACACUGCUGGUUGGCAUCUACUUCCCAUCUGUCACUGGUAUCAUGGCUGGUUCAAACCGGUCUGGUGACUUGCGGGAUGCCCAGAAGUCCAUCCCCAUUGGGACCAUCCUGGCAAUCGCUACCACUUCCAUCAUCUACGUCACCUGUGUGGUGCUAUUCGGCGCCUGCAUUGAGGGAGUUCUGCUUCGAGACAAAUUUGGUGACUCAGUGAAAGGGAACCUUGUUAUAGGCACACUAUCGUGGCCAUCACCCUGGGUUAUUGUGAUUGGCUCAUUCUUCUCCUGCUGUGGGGCUGGGCUGCAGAGUUUGACUGGUGCCCCACGCCUGCUGCAGGCCAUUGCACGAGAUGGCAUUGUACCUUUCUUACAGGUGUUUGGUCAUGGCAAAGCUAACGGAGAACCUACAUGGGCUCUGCUGCUGACUGCUGGGAUCUGUGAGAUCGGCAUCCUCAUCGCCUCCCUGGACGCUGUGGCCCCUAUUCUCUCCAUGUUUUUCCUCAUGUGCUACUUGUUUGUCAACCUGGCCUGUGCAGUUCAGACCCUGCUGCGGACGCCUAACUGGAGACCACGCUUCAAAUACUACCACUGGGCUCUGUCCUUCCUGGGAAUGAGCUUGUGUCUUGCUCUCAUGUUUAUCUCCUCCUGGUACUAUGCUAUUGUGGCCAUGGUCAUCGCUGGCUGCAUCUACAAAUACAUCGAAUACAGAGGGGCAGAGAAGGAGUGGGGAGAUGGCAUCCGUGGCCUUUCUCUCAAUGCAGCACGCUACGCCCUCAUUCGCCUUGAGGAGGCUCCACCACACACUAAGAACUGGAGGCCUCAGUUGUUGGUGCUCUUGAACCUGGACUCAGAUCAAGGAAUCAAACACCCUCGUCUGCUGUCCCUUACCACUCAGCUGAAGGCAGGGAAAGGCCUAACGAUAGUGGGAAAUGUUUUAGAGGGAACCUAUCUCACCAAAGAGGCAGAGGCCAAGAGGGCUGAGCAGAACAUCAAGUCGUCCAUGUCAGCAGAGCGAACGAAGGGUUUCUGUCAUGUUGUGGUGUCUUCAAACCUCCGAGAUGGCUUCUCCCACCUCAUCCAGUCUGCAGGGCUGGGAGGCAUGAAGCACAACACAGUCCUAAUGGCCUGGCCCGGGACCUGGAGACAGUCCAAUGACCCGCAGUCGUGGAGGAAUUUCAUAGAGACGGUGCGGGAGACCACAGCUGCCCAUCAGGCCUUGCUUGUGGCUAAGAAUGUGGACAGUUUCCCCACCAACCAGGACCGCCUGGGGGAGGGCACCAUUGACGUGUGGUGGGUGGUUCACGAUGGAGGCAUGCUGAUGCUGCUGCCCUUCCUGCUGCGACAGCACAAGGUGUGGAGGAAGUGUAAGAUGCGUAUUUUCACUGUGGCCCAGAUGGAUGACAACAGCAUCCAAAUGAAGAAAGAUCUCCAGAUGUUCCUUUACCACCUGCGACUGGAUGCAGAGGUGGAAGUGGUGGAGAUGCAUGAUAAUGACAUCUCAGCCUUCACCUAUGAGAAGACACUGGUGAUGGAGCAGAGGUCUCAGAUGCUGAAACAGAUGCAACUUUCCAGGACUGAGAGGGAGAGAGAGAUUCAGAGUAUCACUGAUGAAUCGCGUAGCUCAAUCCGGAGGAAGAACCAGGGCGCUGCCCAGAGCACGAACCUCAGCCAGCAGUCCUCACCGAUGGAGGACACUCAGGAGGAUGAGGCACAGCUCAUCCAUGACAGAAACACAGCAUCUCAUGCCACUAUAAAUGACAAGGCCGACACUGGGCCCGAGCGGGUUCACAUGACCUGGACCAAGGACAAGCUCUUCACAGAGCGUAAUCGUAACCGAGAGUGCAAUGCCACCGUGGCUGUACGCGACCUGUUUAACAUGAAACCAGAGUGGGAGAGUCUGAACCAGUCAAAUGUUCGGCGGAUGCACACAGCUAUCAAGCUGAACGAGGUGGUGGUCAACAAGUCCCAGGGAGCUCACCUGGUUCUGCUCAACAUGCCUGGACCACCAAGGAACAGAGGAGGGGACGAAAACUACAUGGAGUUCCUGGAGGUUCUCCUCGAGGGUCUGAACCGGGUCCUGCUGGUGCGAGGCGGUGGCCGUGAAGUCAUCACCAUCUACUCUUAAAAACAACUCUCAUACCCCCCCGCACACAUGGGCUGUUUUCAUGGAUACCAGUCACCUGCAUUUUCGGGGAAGAAGCCAAAUUUGUUUUUUUGAAGGGCGGGGUUUGUUGAAAGGCGGGACCACAUGUGAUUGACAGAUGGUCUGAAGGACCCAGGAUGAAGGAAACAGCAUUGAAUCAGUUGACUGGCUGAGAGUGCGAGCACAGUGUGUGUCCACGCUGGGCCACAGUACCCCUGCACAUGGAAGAUAGCGCAUAGAGACACUUUAUAUUGUUCAUUUAACUCUGAAAACAUUGUUAUGUUCUGUUACAUUUUCAUAUUCUUUCCCUCUUGUGUUGAUGUUGUCAAGUUACUGGCACUCACUGUGUAAAGAUAAGCAAAGAAGUGAAUGUGUGUUGUUGAUAUGAGCCUCGUAGUCUUUCCUGUUGUCUGGUGUGCUUAACUCUGUGAGGUGCAGAGACGUUUGCUGGACCUGAGAAAAACAUGCGCAGAGAGGACAAGUUACAGAAUGGCUUUAAUCUCAGUGUAGAAAGGUCACUCAUAACAACACAUACUGAAUUUUCAAUAUCAAAUACAGUUUGGUGAUCUGUAUGGUUUGCAUCACCAUUUGUACUAAAUGUUUUCAUUUAAAAUAACUUCUAAGAAACUGGUUUAAUUCUGAACUACAGAAAGGGCAGAACAGUCUGUUUAGAAGCUGCUAAAACAUCCUGGUUAGGUUGUAGAGCCAUCAAUGUUGUACAACAAGGGUUGUGUGUAGCUGAAAGGUUUUCUCUCAAGCAGCAUUUGUAGUUGCAGUGUUCUGUGGUUGUUCACCUUGUUAAUUAUAUAGUGAAGGGCCGGCCGGGAGGAUGCUGAACAUGCACCAGAUAUUGGCUCACCUUCUGUCAGGUGGGUAGGAGCAUUUCAGAUAUCAGGUACUGAUACUUGACCAUUGGUCAACAUGUCCCACCCUCAAAGGACCCUGUUGUUUUAAUUGGAAAUAGCCAUAGUUAAUAUUCUAGGACCCUUUGGAAGCUUUAUAGAAUGACAUAUUAAAUGUACAUGUAUACAUAUUUAUGGUGUCCGAAGUAGUGCUCAAUUGGGAAUAACUAUCCUAACUAAUCCAAGGGCUGUUUGACAGUGUGCAGUAGGUUAAUGACAUAGAAGAAUCUGUUCGCACAUUAAAUCUUUAACUUGUCCUCAGAACUGUUGCCAUUUAACAAAGUCUACUUUUUAAAAUGUAAAAGCACAAAUUGGCACAUAUGUAUUUGUAUAAUUCUUCCCAUAUUGACGUAGUUACAUCGCUGUUGACUUUGCACUUCCAAUCUUUCAGCACUUAAUUCAUUGUGUAUUCUCACCUGGUUCUGUUGCCUACAGUGACACUUUCUACUGGUCAAUACACCACUACAUUCUGAGAUAAUGAUAAAUGACGUGAGGUCAUGAAAAAGGAUGCAGACAACAAGUAAUUCCAUACUAUUUAAUACUUUGUUUCGGUGUUGUUUUUAUAAUAUUUUACCAAACAUAAAUCUUUAGGCUUUGAGUCCCAGACUGAGUAGAUGAAUUGUUAUGAGCAUGUGUAGGAGAAAAAGUGCCAAAAUGUCUACAAAAGAUACUGUGGAAGUAUUAUUAAUGCAUCUCAGAGCAUGGCCAUAUAAUAGCUACUGCUUUUUACAAUGACAAUCUCUAAUCUUUGGAAAUCCUAAAAAAAUGAAAAGCACAAUCAUUUUUUCAUAAUAGAGCUCCCUGACAGAUUUUUUUUCAAAUUCUGCAUAUGAAUAAGUGAGCAAAUGCAACUAAUGGUGCAAUUUCCAGGGCAUUUCAAACCAUUCAACAUGGGCCAAAUGCUGCAAAAAUAAUGACUUUUUUGUCAGAGGAAAGAAGGAAAAACAGAUUAAACCUUUCUCAUGUGUACCUCCACAGUUUCUUUUUCAAAUUAGCUGUGCAGUAUUUUGUAAAGCAGAAAGUCAUAUUUUCCUGCAGCUCUUUGCAGGGGAAUGAAAACUUCUCACUGUCAGUUAUGCAACAUUCGUAUUUUGUUGUGUUUUGUUUAGUUGUUGAUGUAUGCCUGUGUAACUAAAUAGUUAUUGUCUCUGUAGUGUUUGUUGCAUUAUAAUUGAUCUUCUGUUUUAAGUGUUAAUUUUCAGUGUGAUUUUUAUGGAAGGAGGCAGAAAGCACUUGUCAAGUUUUUGUUCAAACCCACCAGAAACACAAUAUGCACAAUACACAGGACUGAAAACCCCUCAGGAGACAGUGGCACCCUGGACUCAAAGUAUUAAGAAACUUGAGUGAAGCAAUCCAGGUACAAAUGAAUGAUUUAAAUAACUCUGUCACUAUAUGAAGUUCAAACUAUUUCAGUUUCCUUGUUCAGUUUUAUAUUUUAGCCACCAAAGAUGUAACAUAAUUCUGUAUAAAUAAACCUAAAUAGUCUAGUUUUAAGAAGUCUGAAACAUUGAAAGUUAUGAAGAUAAAUUAUUAAAGAAGUUUCUUGUUACUGAGCUGAAUAGCAGUAGCUGUGCAUAAAGAAAACAUAAAAUACAUGAAACCCUAAGCAGAUGAUGCUAAAUAGGAAAAAAAAAGUUUCUGGAGGUAAAUAGGAUUGUCAGCAAUGUGUUUCACAGCUCUGAUGUUUGAGGUGACUAGAGAAUGUUAUCUACCUCAAGGCGUCACUAAGGCGUGGCUGAAGAAAUCAAAUCUUGUUCAUUCACAUCUCUCUUUUAGAACUGAUGUUACAUAUGGAUUCGUGAAAGGAAAAAAAGCCUCUGCUAUGUGAGAGGACCAGCAGAAUUGUGUGGAUGUGUGUGUGAGUGUGUGUGUUCCUGUGCAUACCAUUGAAGCUGUUUGUGUUUCUGCUAUUGUCCGACUCAGCUAGCAGGCCUCGGUCACAGGCUGGAACAGGAAGUCACUUGCGGGUGCACAUAUAGAGGAAGGUAGCCCUGUAAAUUGUAUUUGUGCCUCUCUGAGUACUUAUUAAAAGUGAUCAAAUAAA